AAACCAUUUCUAUCAGUGGGCUGGAAAUUUGGUGAUAAAGAUAUAAUCCUUUUCAAUGUUAACAACUUCACUACCCCAGACUAUGAAGGCAGGAUCACCCUCUUUGUGUCUACUGGAUCUCUGGAGCUCAGAAAUCUGUUUCUAAAUGACAGCGGAGAAUACAGCGUUUACAUUUUACCAUAUGGAGAGCGACCGGAGGAGGGAACCACAAGACUCAAUGUAUAUGUGCCAGUUUUCAGUGUGGUGGUAACUGCCAACAACACAGACUUGGUGGAGUUCAACAGCUCCGUCCGUCUGUCCUGCUCCGCCUCUGGAUCCUCGCUCUCUUUCCUCUGGCUGAACGGCAGCUCUGAGGUUACAGGAAGUGACAGAGUUCAGCUCGCUGAUGGAGGCGCCAAUCUCACUAUACUCAGUGUGACCCGGUACGACCAGGGACCAUUCAGGUGUCAUGUGUUCAAUCCUAUCAGUAAUGGCGCCAGUGACCCCAUAAACCUCUCUGUCAGCUACGGUCCUGAAAAAAUAGAUUUGAGAGUAUCUCCAUCACAAGAACACUAUGAUGAAGGGUCAGACAUUAGUCUGAUGUGCUCGGCUGUCUCCAGACCUGCUGCUCUGUUUCACUGGUUUCUGAAUGGAGACCUGCUGUCUGAUACUGGACCAGAGCUCAGACUGAUAAACAUUCAGGAGAGUCAGAGUGGAAACCACAGCUGUCAGGCUUUUAACAGCAUAACUCUGAGAUAUCAAACAUCUCAGCCGACAGUUGUCUCUGUACUGGAGAGAAUAUCAGGCGCUUCAAUCACGCCGUCAACAAAACUGCCGAUUGAGAGGAACUCAAUCAACUUAACCUGUGAUGCUGCUGGCUCUGUCUUAACCAGAAAGUGGAUGAAGGAUGGCAAAGAUCUGAUCACGACUAACGAAAUAAUACUCUACGACAAUAACAGAGUGCUGUCUUUUAACAGCCUGAAUAAAUUAGACAGUGGAGAAUAUUCCUGUACACUCAGCAACCCCUUCAGCAAC